AUGCCGCGCCUCUACGGCACCAGCGGCGCACCCGUCGAUGCAGCGCCGCCGAAGACAAGUGAGCUCUCGCAGGCGAUGGGGGUGAGGAGGAGGUGGAUGAGGAGGAGAAGGGUGUGGAUGCAUGGGAUGAUAGGAGUAUGCAGCGGAGGAGUCUUGAGACUCGUAUCAUGGUCGCUGGUUGGAGCGACGCUCGGCCUUUGCGCAAUGGCUGGCUUGAUGUUGUUGAGAACUGAGCAUCGGUCUUCGCUGCUGAGUCUUCCCAACAUGGGGAAGGCGAAGAAAGACAUAGCGGCCUUGGACCAGGAGAUCCAGAUGGACCUGUCGGCAAACCAUGCGCUGUCUCAGAAGUAUGCCAAGACGAUGAAAGGAAAGAAUGGUUGCCAUUGCGACUGCUCCCAGUCAGCGCCGGAGUUUCGCGUGAAGGCAGCCACGAUGCUGGAGCAAGUGGGAGAGAGCGCGUUCUUUGGUCCAUGCUCGAGCUGUCCAUGCAUGAAGUCGAGCAGCAUUGAGACGGAGAUCACGGAUCUCUCGAACGACGUGGAAGUGGCGGAAGCGUUUGAGCGGAGCAUCGACAAGGUGGAGAAGGAGAAGAUCCCAGUCGACAUCAUCAUGCGGGUCGGACAAAAGGGCAGCAAGGAGCACAGGGACCAAGAGGCUUCCGCGGACCGGAGGGACCCGUCGGCUCUGAAGGACCACAAGGGCCAACAGGAGAGAGAGGGUCGAAGGGGGAGACCGGGCCUGAGGGACCCCGAGGACCCAAGGGAGUGGAUGGUGCUGCUGGUGAAGACGGGCUGCGUGGACCACGAGGGGUACCAGGUCCUCCGGGCCCACCUGGUCAGGAAGGAGCUCCUGGAGAUCGUGGAAACGAAGGGAAGGCUGGAUCUGCUGGCGUUCCUGGACCUCCAGGAGCGACUGGAGCAGAAGGACCUCGUGGACCACCUGGGCCUCCGGUUGGCAAGCAAGCAGUGGAUAGGAAAUCCUGGGCCUCCAGGAGACGAAGGUCCUCAGGGAUCUCCUGGUCCGAAAGGUGCGAAGGGCGAUCGAGGGCCCGUCGGAUACAUCGGGCCCAACGGAGCGGACGGUGAAAAGGGAAGCCCAGGACCCCAAGGAUCUCGGGGAAUUCCCGGACGUGGAUGUGAUGGCAUCUCGCCCACUGACGGCUCUUUUCCCAAGAGCAUCGACGCCUGCGGCUUGUGCGGGGGAGACGAGAGCGAGUGCGCGACGGGCCGAUCAUCGCGCACGGCACAUGCAGUUGGAGAUCCUCACUACUUGACUUUCGACGGAAUUUCCUUUGACUAUCAACACACCGGAGAGUUCAUUCUUGCUCGCCACAUGAACAGCAUCGAGCUUCAGAACAAACAGGCACGUGCUUGCGCCUUGACAUCGAAUAUCUUCAUAUCUUUUCUGAUGCCCUGCCCGAACCCCAACGUUAGAUGCAACAUCGGGAUAGCGAUCAUCACGAAGAAUUACAACAUCAUUUUCCGGUCUGAUUGGAGAACGGAACACAUGAUGGUGAAUGGAGAGCUGUGGACCCAGGGAGCACAGUACCAGUACAACAAAAUCCAGAGUCUGAAUGACUAUACAAGCUUUCAAGUCACUGGGAGCUCUUUCUAUGUUUGGUUCAACGACUUUGUUGGCGCCGACGGAGCUGUUGCGUCGGCAGACCAGUGCGGAUGGGGAAGUCCGUUGCCAAAUGGAAUUUACCACAAUGUCUACUUCCAGGCUCCAGGACGCUGGAGCUCGGGCUUGAGUAUGACGGGACUGUUCGCAAACUUUGACAACAACGCUGAUGAUGACUGGGAUUCGAUCUCGCCGUCUGAAAUGUGGUGGGUCGAGGGCUCGUCGCAUUCAGCAUUCUCAAACCCGACAUACCGGCUGGACUGGACCAACAGGAUCACAAAGCAGAGUGUUGCUGCGCGAGGUAGCCUUCCCAUUCUUGCCAUCACCAGAGACAAGUACGGAAACGUGUUCCACAACACCAACUGGACUGUAGCGGAUGAACUGAGAGCGUUCAAGGAAGUCGAUCCCUACACUGCUAAGAUGCGGAGGCGUCUGUUCGAGAAGAUGGCCAAGGAGGGAGUGAUUGAGCGUGGAUUGAAGAAGAAGCAUCUGACGGGUCUGGCCGCGGCCGAGCUUGACGUCAUGCCGUACAAGGGGGAGAGACCGGAUCACCUUCGAGUGGAGCAGCAGGUUGAAGGAGGAGAAGGAAGAGGAGGAGGAUCUGAGGAGAUGUGGGCAGAUGCUGUUCAGGAAGGAGUGGAGAGUGCUCACGCCGGCACAGAAGAAAAUGUAAGGGGAAGGAGAAGGGAAUACGAAGGGGCUGACAGAGAUCAGGAAUGCAUGGACGGGUCUCCGGAGUGCGCACAGAAGGGAAUCACCAAGAGCCCGACUGUCGGCAUCACCUGGCAGAACGUCAUCACCCGCAAUGCCGACGGGACACAGCAUACAUGGACGAUGCAGGAGCGAGAGACUGAGUGCCACGCCAAGUGUCUUCCUAACCACCCUAAGACCAACGUCAUCUGCAAGUGCCUUCUCGAUUGCUCGCUCGGUGUGGACGCGGAUGUGUGCAGGAUGAGUGCGCACUGGAAUCUCGUGAAGGCUCGUAUCAUUCCUCUUGUGCCUGCGGACGGCGACGGCAGCUGCGUCAACGUGAACGUGAAGGCGUCGUCGAUUUUUCCUGCGAUCAAGUACCGACCUGAUCUCUGGGACAACGAGAACGCGAACAACUUCGCCAUCACUCUCUGGUACAAGCCAAGACCCUCCAAGAGCUGCAAGGAGCUUUCCGUGCACAGCAUCCUGUACAAGGGCCCCACUGAGGUCAACUACGACGCAGAGCCGGUGGCGCUGGAGGUGGACAUGACGAACUGCGAGAGCGCAGACAUCGCGCUGCUCCCCAUCAUCGCUACGGUAGCCGGACAAGACUUGAGGUCAACGACGGGCAUCUCCAAGGACGGCUGGAGCUUCAUCUCCAUCAUGAAGAAGGGCCAGGACGUCAGCCUCUGGCUGGGGGUCGAAGGAGUGCUGAGGAAGGACGCGAGCAUGGUGCUGCCGGACAGCGCGGUCUACGUGGCGACUAAGGAGGAUGCGAUCUACCUGGUGGCGCCGACAGCUGGAGCAGACAGGAUCCCGUACGGGUGGGUUGGCAAGCUCAACUACAUCCCGGCGUCGUUGUGGGAGCCUGAGAUUCAGAACGUUUUCAAUGAGAAGGCGCCGAAGCUCUGUGGUAUGUAG